AUGUGCCGAAUCGGCAGAUCACCAAGGUCUAACGAAACGCUCGUCCCUGCGUGGGUGCGGCAUGCAUCCAGGUCAGCUGGAAGGGACGUGCAGAUUGGAGGGAUCCGUCUGCACGUUCCUUCCAGUUUGACCAUCCGCGAGACGGAGGCGGCUCUUGCCCGAGAGGAGGCAAGAGCUGAAGCCUACCUUCAGUUGUCGGCCCCGCCCUUUCUUUCCUCUCUCUCUCCUACACCAACCAUGGAGAGCCGCUCGAAGCCUUUCAGAGGUAGCAACAAGCCUCUUCCGAUGUCACCACCCAGUGAGUAUGACUCUGUCAACUCCACUGGUCCGAUGAGCGGUGCCAUGCAUCACCAAUUCCUCCCUCCCCGCGAGCCGUCUGGUUUUAGCCCCACUACAUAUCAUACAAGUGACUAUGAGGCCAUUCGUAACCUCCAACAAAAAUACGAGGCCCACGCCAAGCUUCUCGAAAAGCAAGGGCACGACAUGGUCCGAAUGGAAAGGAAGCUCAGCGACCUCUCAGUCUGGACUCAAGAGCAGUUCAGAGAUUUGAUUGAGUGCUUCAGUAACAUGUCACACGCCAACUCAGACAUGUUUGCAAAGCAGAGACAACUCUCCUACGACAUUGCCAAGUCGCGCCUUGAACUGAAAAACGAGAUCAAGAGCGAGAUCCACGCGAUGCAAACUGAGAUCAACAAUCUGACUGCAUCUUUCAGCGACUUGCAUGCAAAGAUCAACAUCUGCCUGCAGAGACUUUGGGACAACACGGAAGAAACCUUCACCGAAUACCAACGUCGCAAGAAUGAGCGUCUGGAGGAAGACCUCGAAAAGAUGAAAGAUCAACUCGAUUACCUCAAACAGCUCGUCAUUCGCGUCAGAGUCGGAUUGACCCUCGCUCAACCCAAUCAUGCUCUCAGCUACACCCCUGUUGCUUCGGAACCUCCGACUACUCACGGCCCUGCACCUGUCCAUGCUCCUAGUCCGUCCAUGGGAAGGGAAACCAUCCACCCCGCCAAACGCACUCUGUCUAAGCAGAUCUCGACCCCACAAUUUUCCACCAAACGUAAUGCAAGCAACCUGACUUCUGGUAUACUUCGAAGUGCCUCUGGACACGCAAUUUCAUUCAGAACGACCAAGGAGGCUCUUGACACGCAAGAUUCACCUGCUGAUAAUAACCGUCGAUGGGGCCUGUUUGGCCGCCGUCGUCGCGAUGCAAGCGACACGUCCAGCGGCAAGUUCCCCUGGUCUGGACGCCGCCAGAAAGAAGAUGACAUCCUGAAUAAUAUACCACCCGUCCCUUCUAUCCCCAUGGGCAUCUCACGCAUCCACAAUGACUCCAAGAGUGGCGACAACUGCGACCCGCUCAUCAAUCGUCGGAUCGCAUACCCCAUGGAUAAUGUGCACCCAGCUUUACGUGCUCAAGCCAAUGAGCGGCACCGCUACCACUCUCCUACUACUGACCCCUCAGCGAAGACGUCACCUGUCGAGGUUCAGUAUCCUGAAGGUGGUUCACUUCCUUCGAUAUCUCUCUCCUCCCCUGCUGAUGCCCGUGCUUCUGAUAGCCCUGUUGAGGCUUGCGAUCCCGGUCCUCCAAGCCUUCGAAGCAAGGAAGAUCUCUCGAAGAAGUAA